CAGCGGGGGAGGGCAGCGCAGAGCUACUGAGGGCGCCCCGGACUAGCCGCGCCGGGCUGGGCGGCGGCGCCCGGGCUGCUCCCGCCGCCGCCCCGCUCAGAGGCAGCACCCCAAGACCCCAGACCCGAAGCCCCGGCGCGUCUCUGAGCCAUGCCGCCCCCGGCGCUGUUCUGUGCACUCUGCUGCAGCCUCCUGGCUGUGUCAGCGCGCGCCGGCUACUCAGAGGACCGCUGCAGCUGGAGGGGCAGCGGCCUGACGCAGGAGCCCGGCAGCGUGGGGCAGCUGACCUUGGCCUGUGUGGAGGGCGCCAUCGAGUGGCUAUACCCGGCUGGGGCGCUUCGCCUGACUCUGGGCGCUCCUGACUUUGGCACGAGGCCGGGCAUCACCUGUUUGCGCCCAGCGCGGCCCUUCGCGGGCGCCCAGGUCUUCGCUGAACGGGAGGGCGGCUCCCUGGAGUUGCUGCUGACCGAGGGUCCAGGCCUGGCAGGGGGCCGCUGCGUGCACUGGGGUCCCCGCGAGCGCCGGGCCCUCUUCCUGCAGGCCACACCGCACCGCGACAUCAGCCGCCGGGUGGCUGCCUUCCGCUUUGAACUGCGUGAAGACCGAAACCCAGAACUGCCUCCACAAGUCCACGGCCUUGGUGAGGAUGGUGCCUGCAGGCCCUGCAGUGAUGAGGAGCUCCUCCUGGCUGCAUGUACCAGUGACUUUGUGAUCCGCGGGACCAUCCACAGGGUCACACAUGACAUGGAGCUGCAGGAGUCUGUCAUCACUGUGGUGGCCACCCAUAUCCUCCGCCAGACACUGCCACUGUUGGGGAUGGGGGGGCCUGCAGGCCAGGGGCAGGUCUUCAUUCGAACCCAGCUGCGCUGUGGUGUCCGCCCUGGCCCAGGCACCUUCCUCUUCAUGGGCUGGAGCCGCUUUGGUGAAGCCUGGCUGGGCUGUGCCCCUCGCGUCCAAGAAUUCACCCGAGCCUACACAUCUGCCCAGGCUGCCCACCUCCACCCCUGUGAGGUACCCUAUGUAGGCGCCAGUGCACGGCAGGUUGAGCAUGUGUUGUCGUUGCUGCGUGGUCGCCCGGGAAAAAUGGUGGAUCUGGGCUCUGGAGACGGCAGAAUUGUGUUGGCGGCCCACAGGUGCGGUCUCCGCCCGGCUGUGGGCUACGAACUGAACCCGUGGCUUGUGGGGCUUGCGAGGUUGCAUGCCUGGAGGGCCGGUUGUGCUGGCAGCGUCUGCUACCUUCGUGAGGAUCUCUGGAAGGUGAGCCUGAGGGACUGCCGAAACGUGUCCGUGUUCCUGGCCCCCAGCGUGCUCCCCUUGCUGGAAGAUAAACUGCUGGCAGAGCUGCCUGCUGGGGCUCGUGUGGUAUCUGGACGCUUCCCCCUACCCACCUGGCAGCCUGUGGCUGUGAUAGGUGAAGGCCUAGAUCGGGUCUGGGCCUACGAUGUCGACAUGGACGUCCACCAUGCCAGACCUGCUGCCACAUCCUGCUCCAUCCUGCCCACCCCAGGACCUGGUUCUGCCUUGGCCCCCAGCCUCCCCAAUUCUCAGGCUGGCUGACUGGACACAAUAAAGGCUCAUAGAUCACAGGCUUA